AUGUCCGACGCUGGAAGACAAUCUCUUGGUGACAAGGUUUCUGCUGCUGUUAAGCCAGACUCCGAAAAGUCCACCCCAGAACACAUUAAGGAUUCUGUUGUUGGUUCCGUUGACAACGCUGCUGGCCACGCCACCACCGACAACAACAAGUCUAUCCUCCAACAAGCUUCUGACGCUGUCUUUGGUGAAUCCAAGUAA